AACUAACCAUUUCCCCUCGGACGCUACCGAUGCUAGGUGGUACCCGUGUUUUGAUUUCGGGCAAAUGUUUCAAGCAAUCAACUCGAGACAUUGAAUGUGCCUUUGGAAUCUACCGUGUAAAAGGUUAUCUAACGAUGACCAACAGUGUUACCUGUGUGACCCCAGCGAUGUUUGUUUCCGGGGUCAUAGAUGUUCGGCUCUCACUAGACGGAGGCUCGAUAUUCAGUUAUGUCGGAACUGUUGUUGUAGGAGACGAAAUAUCCCCUGUAACAUUCACGACUGAUCCCGACGGCAAUCUCACCAUAACCUGGAAUCCUUCCGAGCUCCCUGAUGUUGACGAAGUCGAUGUUGUGGUAUACGAGUUUUCUAGUGACGCAAACUUCAUCAGUUGGGAAGCUAUUAACACUACAACAAGAAUAUUUUCAAACGAACCAGGACGUCUUGGGAUUACUAUUCAUGCUUAUCCUCAAAGGGAUGUGGGCGAAAUGUCUCCCAAAAUUGGAGCUCUUGGAAUUUUGGCUCGAGAUGAAAGGAAUUCAUCAAUUGAAAGGAGGGGAAUUUGGAGCGCCAUCCAACCUCUCAACUGGCUAUACCCUGUCAACAUGACGUCAUGGUGUCAAUCAUGGAUAACUCGAGAACUCACCGAGCUUAACGAAUGGCUCCCUCAACGGCCAGCAUGUCCAUGUACAGAGAGACAAGCAAGAAGAGAUAUAGGAUCAUUUACUGUUUUCUUGGACUGUAGGCAUAGAGAGGCUGAAGAAAACUGUUUAUCUGGCCGAACGGAUGCCAUGCUCUGUGUGAACACUAUCGUUCCAAGUGUUUCUGGUGCGGGUCAGGAAUGCUGCUACGACAAUGACGGCCAUCUGAUUGAAUUUGAUGGGAAUGGUGCAGGCUUUUCACAGCGUCAACAUCAACGUGUCACCUCGCCCAAUCCGAUUUCCGGACUCGGCCCUGUGCCAAUUCUGUCUCACUAUCUAUCUGACACGGUUCCAUACUUGCAAUGCUGUGUUGCCGAAGGAAGAGAUGAACAACGUUUUUGUGAGCUUUACCGCAGAGUGAGACCACCCAAUAAUUGUUACAACUAUCAACCACCAAAACCAGCUUCUGCUUUUGGAGAUCCCCACUUUAUUACAUUCGAUGGUCUGAAUUACACGUUCAACGGGUAUGGCGAGUUCACACUGGCCAACCUGGAUGAAAACGAGUUCAUACUACAAGCGAGGAGUUUGCCAAUGAGAGAAGCACCGAAUGCUACAAUAUUCACGGCAGUUGCUACAAAGUCUAAUGGAAGUGACGUCAUACAUGUAGAGGCCAAUGGGACAUUUGGAAUGAGCGUGUUUUUCCGAAGGGAAGGAAGGCAAUGCUUCGAGGAAGCGGAUUUUACGUUGAGGAGUACUUGGUAUCUUCGAGGGGUGACUGUGAGAGCAGAAGAAAAUUUGGCAGUAGAUGGGAUAUCGAUCUCCUUCGAUAAUGGUAUCGCUGUCAAGCUUACCGCACGCAAUGACGCUCUUGCCCUCUUCGUCACCGUUACACACCAGUUUAAAUUCCACACACAAGGCAUGCUGGGUACUUGGAAUGAUGACCAAAGUGAUGAUCUCCAGAGACCCGAUGACGUCGUAAUACCGGUGACCUCAUCCAUGGAGACAAUAUUUUACGAGUUUGGAAAUCUGUGGCGUGUCAAGAGGAAUGAAUCUCUAUUCUUCUACAGAACAGGAUACAACCAUUCAUUAUACACAAACUAUAACUACACCCCUUCUUUUGAAAAACCAACCUUCUCAAUGGAUGAUCGAGUCACUCACGUGUGUGGCGAUGACCAAUUGUGUGCCUUUGAUUUUGCAGUUAGCGGAAGUGAGGGUUUUGCAUCACAGACAUUGAAUACAAUCAGUCAGUUCAAAUCGACGAGCUCUGAUCUAUUACCUCUAACCUGUCCGUCACUGUUAUUGGCAAACGGACGUGUGGUCACCACUUCAUCUUCGCCAGGAUCUCUGGCUACGUUUAGCUGUGACAGUUGCUAUAACCGAAGAGGGCCUACCAAUACAACAUGUGCAUCGGACGGCACUUGGUUACAGCCUCUCGCUUCAUGUAUACCUAUAGAACUUCAAUGCGAAACGCCCGUGGCGCCCUCACACGGUCAUGUGAUGGUUGGUGGUUGUCCAAUCACAUACGCUACAUUCACAUGCAAGGGUGGUUAUGACCUUGUUGGUACGUCAAUGAUGGAAUGUCUUCAUGAUGGUUUUUGGUCACAUCCAAUUCCAAAAUGCAAGAUUAAAGGUAUUAAUAUGGAGACUAUGAAGCUCAAUUCGAUCCAUGCUGCAGCAAUAGGGGGAGGGGCAGCUGCCUUCGUUCUUAUUCUGUGUCUCAUCAUCGCCUGUCUGGUUACCAAGCAACGGGAUAAACGGAGAAAACAAGCACUGAAAAAACGUUUAUCAAACAGAUGGUCUACGACACGAAAUCCUCUCUACGAUCCGAACGCUUCUAAUAGUUGAAUUUAUCCCAUGGCCUGACGGAUGACGACUGCAAGAGAAAGCUUUCCAUAAUGAGCCCUAUACAUAUGGACGUUUUAACUAGCGUAACAUGUAUAUUUACGAAGAAGAAACUAAUUGAAAAUUAUCAUGUAUCUUACAAAUGACUUGCAUAAAUCGUUAGGUUUGUGACAGUUCCAUAAUUAAAAUGAAAUAUAAAUAGCCAUCAUAUCAGCCUAAAAUGUGUCAUUUAUGUAUAAUGACGUCUUUCGAAAUUUUCCGUAAUUUUGUAGAGAUUGUUACAUAGAAGUAGGAUUUGGUCAAACUCUCUACCUUCAAGUUGAGCAAAUGCGCCCCCUCCCCCCCCCCCCAAAAAAGUCAAACACCUAUUUAGACAUUUAUCUUUUCUAAAUAGCACACAAUUGCAAUAGCUGCAAUUGCAACUUUGUCGUGUUUGUAUCUAGUCGGGGAGACAUGAUCAAGAUUAUUGCAUGACAUGACCGCCAAAUUGGGUACGUAUGCGAUUUUUCUUGUCAAAAGUUGUAGGCCCACGUGUAGUAUGGGUUGUCUACUUCAAGAAUUCGACGGAUGUCACCUGGCCACUCUUGUGUAUUUUUUAUUGACGUGUUAAGGAAACGCCCACAUUUUCACAUACCUCUUAAAUAUGACUUUCAUAUUGUUCAGAAUAAACAUGUUAGGUUUAGUAUCAAAUUUAAGCAAAAAAAAUCAAGCGUAAACGUAUGACUCUCUGAUUAUUUAUAUCACGUAUAGGUCAGCUAAGUGUCAUUUAAAUGUGAUUAAUGUAUAUAAGGCGGAACAUUUCAUGUUUUAAAUACAAAUAAUUUAAGUAUUUUAUAUGCAUUUUUUGCUAAAAGUUAAAUUAAGGGUGUUUAUAUGAAGAAUCUGAUAGUUGCUAUACCGUGGCAUAUUGAGGAAUGUUAUUUUUUUCCGACGUAGUCUUUUAAUUAUGACUUUUCUAUUGAGCGGAAUAAAGAUGUCAUGACAUGUUGGAUAUUACGUUAAAGCAAAUGCAAAAUUAAACCCAUAUAUGUGAAUCACUAGGCAUUUAAAACGUGUCCAGAGUAAUCAAGCGUCAUUUGGGGUCAUUAAAGUCAAAUUGGGUCUGAAAUGUAUAGGCCUACAACAUAUAAUGCGGAGUACAUCAUAUUUGGAAUACGAAAGAAGUUUGGUAACGAAUUUAAGCCUGUGGCAAGUGAAAUGCAAAUAUAAAGGUUAAAAUAGUUUAAAUGCAUUACAAGAUCCCCUAAAUUACAUUUAUGUUCAUGAUAAGUCAAAUGAUGUCAGGAAAUUUACAGUGACUUUAAUCAAAACAUGUUUGAUAUCAAACACAAGCUUGGUAUCAAAUCACACUACUUUCUAAUAUGAAAACGAGUUCUUUUAGUAGUUUUAUAUAAAACAUAUUAAUUAUCAUCAAGGUCAGGGUCAUAAACAAUAAACAGUGUAUUACACUUGGGUUCUGGUUUAAGAUCGAUCAUGUAGGAGCCACAUAAAAACACGGGUCGUGUGGUCCAGUGGUUAGAAUUAACAUUGGACUCAUAAUCGCAAGGUUGUGAGUUCGAAUCCAAACUCUGCCAUUGUCUCCACUUUAAUAAAAAGACCCGAGAGCGAUAUAUGUCGUCUAUAACGUCAGCCACUAUGACUGAUUAACCUAGACGUAAAAUGUUUCCUAGGUAAUUGGUUAUAUACCAGCUUGGCGUUUACCAGCAUAAUGCUGUCCUGUCGAGUUCCUACGGGAGUUACCAUAAACAGAAAUAAAACAAAAACAAUGACUUCUAAAACACAAGUUAACAUUUUUUAGACAAGUAUCCAAAUAGACAAAAUAUGACAUUUUACACCGUCCUGACUCCACUUCAUUUUGUUCUCUAAUUCCUCUUCAAGACUGAUUUUCCUGCUUUUCAGUCUGAACUGUCUUGACUCUAUGUGUAGUUUUCCUUGUACAGUAUAUAGAAUGGCACUAUGUUAUACAGUACACCAAAUUCCGAAAAUGCUAGCCGUAGAACAUGAAUAAUAGUGGGCCUGAUUUGCUUCCGCAUGAAACAGUUUCUGAUAAGUCUUCGGGAGCAGCCACUGUGCUACGAACAGGUACAGGAACUUCCAUCUAAUUUAUAUUUCCAUCCAGAUAAGUGCAAGGUAACUUGAGUGGAGUCAUUUUGAUCAGCUGCUCUCCAGGCAAAACUCCUGAAGAAGAGCACCUUUGACAUGCUGUUUUGCUGACUUAACAGUUGGGGUAAUCUAUUUAUCCUUGAAGCAUAUUUCUUCUUGGUAAAUAAUGUGAAGUAAUGCUAAGUUACUUUAGGGAAACAUUUGCAUUUAUCAUUAGUUAGGUAGAGAUAAAGUAUCAAAAUAUAAAUAUUACAGCUUUAAUUCAGUCCACUACCCUCUGCAUCAGGCUCUAUAGAGUAGGAACUUAUUCGAGCACGAAGUUCAGAGUGGAAAUCUUUAGCUUGCCAAAAUGACAAAACAUAGUAUCACAACAUGAUAGGAUAUUGUGUGUGCACAGCAUAUAUUUCCUAGCUUCAAUACCAUACAUUUAAUGUCAAUCACUUUCCAUCAGUGUGCAGAAGACUUGCAAACCCAAAUGGCGAACACUGGUAGAACAAAAAUAUCAAUGUUUAGUUUGGGUAAAUUUUGUAAAUUUGACGAGGAAAAGGCCAUUUUGCACGAGCGUUUGUCCCGGGGAUGGGGGAUACACCCUCCACUUUAUGGAGGGGGUUGGCAUUUGCCAUCAUCCCCCCACUUUUCAAGAGAGAAAUUAUAUUUUGUAAUCAUCAAAUUAUUAAUACUACUGUUGAUGUGUUGAUUCAUCUUUAAAUGCGAUCAAUGUGCUUAAAUUUGCCCAGAUUUGCAUUCUAUAAAAAUGUCAGAGUUCUCGCGAUGUCGCUCUGCUCCCGCUUUCAAUCUAUAAUCUUACAAGAUUUUCCCAUGGCAAAUCCCUACUUUUAGAAAAUUGUAUAUCCCCUUCAUCAUGAGAUUAUAUGUAUACGUCCAUUUAUGAAUUUUAUGAUAGAAAUGACUUUUACAUAUGCUUAUAAAUUUGAUCAUUAACCAAUCAAGACAUCCUUUGAAUACACUGGCGUGAAUGUUGGGGAAGUCAUACUAUCUUAGCAUUUUUUGGAGGCGGGGGAUAAUAUGUACAAAAAUAUUUAAAUAGGCAUACUCUUUACUUCAAGUUAAGUGGAUGAGAAGUUAACGAUGGCUGACCAAAAAUCUUUGUCGUUUAUGAAACACAGGGGUGAUUUAGGACUCUGCUAUUUAAAAAAAGCCCAACAAUCUCAUCCGCUUAUAGGAGACUUAAAAUCACAUUAAUUCCGUUAAAAUGUAAUAAAUAUUUGAAAAAAUGAAAUUUAUUUAUUUAUUACAUAUGCUUAAUGCCUUCCUCCCUGAUCUAUGAAGUAUUUUGAAUUUGAUACUGGACCCCCCCCCCAACAUAUCCCCUAUUUUUUCCUUUUGUUCUGAGAGAUUUUUGUAAGAUUUUUAUUUCCCAUGGAAGAACAGUACUGUCUAUGGGAAAGAGCUGAACUGGGUGUCCUUCCGUUUUCACUAUUCUCAUGUCUCUUUGAUAUUGUUGUUUCUUUGUAUAUGUUUAUUCUAACUUGUUAUUUUUAACUUGCUUUUAUAUGUUCCUUUGUACACUUAUGUUUUUUACUGUGAAUUCCGGAUAAUAAAUACAAAAUACAAAUUC